AUGAUCUUUGCGAUAUCUCUACUUCUUCGUGGAUUGAUGAGGGGGUAUAUGUCGUUCGACAGGCCUUGCACAAAACGAUUGUCGGCAUGGGCCCCCAUGUUAGAAGCAGUAGAAUAUGAAUGGACCCAAUACAAUUCCGACCAACUAUCUACUGAGUUUGCCGGUUCACCAACAUCAGAAACCGAGACAAAUUGGAUGAACCAAUAUCACCAUGGAUUUAUCCCAUAUCCCUAUGAUCAAAUCGCGCGGCUGAACAAAUCAACGGAGAGAGACUGGUGGAUUCACGACGGCAAGCUUGUUACCCUCACGGAGUGGGCCCAUCAAGUACACUGUCUCGGUCUUAUUAGGCAGUGGAUCUACCGUGACCAGUUCGACUACUCCGACUUCACGAAUACUAGUUCCGUUCGUUUUCACAUACACAAGAAUCACUGCUUCCUCAUACUUAAGACCAUGAUUGAAUGUCAAGCAGAUGUCACCCCUGUCCUCUUUGAGAAGGAUUUAUCGGGUGUCGGGGCGUGGAAGCUUCGUGAUGCACCGCGCAAAUGUCGGCGGAAUCAGGCGUUGGUCGAGUUCAUUGAGGAGAAUAAGAUCUUCCUAUUUAUAACUACAAGUGGUUUGGUCAUCGACAGGGAGGAGGACAAAAGUACCCUUUCAGAGGCUAUGCGGGGUUUAAGACGGCCUCAUAGGUUACCAGAAUUUAUCAGAAAGUCAUAUCGGAGAUGGCCGCUCUCAAUAGGAGAUCGAUCCACAUAUUUACUCUGGUUAAACAUCGUUCUUUUUCUGACCUCAGGCUUCCUAUUUUGGGUAUCUUUACAGGAUACAAGAAGUUCCAUGAGGGAACAGGUUUCUAUGCCUUCCCCUGUCCUAAACGGAGAGGACAUAUCAUUCUCUAACAGACGUAUGGACGCCACACUCUUCCCCGAUGACAACCCGAACAUCUUCCGUCAAGAACCAAGUCCAGAGGUCGACCGAGCAUGGUCAAUUAUUUCGGAUACGCGACCAAUCCCAAUCUCCCGAGAAGAUGUACUCUCCAUCGGAAAAGACCCAGCCAUGGCUGUCAAGCUUUCACCGGAUUUCGGGCUGGGAGACGACGUAUACGCCGGCCGGAUCGAUGUCCUACACCAGAUCCAUUGCCUAAACGCGCUACGCAUGGAGGCCUAUUUUGACUACUACUACGGGGAGAAAUAUCCAGAGGGCUUCAAUCAGACGGAUGAGAAACACCGCUACCAUCUCUCCCAUUGCAUAUACAUGCUCCUGCAGAAUAUUCUCUGCCGUGCGAAUACGGAUAUUUACACGCAUAUGUGGACGGAUGCGGUGGGCCACCCUUGGCCGGAUUUUAAUAUCCCACAUAAAUGUACGAAUUUCCGGGCGAUCUUGGAGUGGCAGCGGGGGCAUGGCGUGGAUGAGCAUAUGUUUGUUGAUAUGAGGAGGCCCGUUGAUCAGCAGCCACAUCGGAUGAGUAGCAAGUUUAAGAAGGUGAAUGAUCCAGAGCGGUUUGGCCAUUUGGAGGACAAUCGAUACGAUGGGGAGAAUGCGUAG